AAUACCUCUAAAUGUUCCUUUGAGAACCAAAGGCAUGACCACCAACAAAACCAUCUGCUUUUGGCUAUCUGUUAUUACCAUUGCUCUCCUUUCAAUCAUACUCUCUUUCUACACCACCAAUUCAGCCAUACCUGCCUUUCAACUCACUUUCCUCAAAAGGGUUGUUGACCAAACUGGAAUUUAUGACUUCUUCUCUUUCACAGCCCAAAUUUCUGGCCUAACAAGGCAUGGCCACCACCACCACCAUCACCACCCCCACCAUCAUCACCACCAUAGGCGGCGUAAGGUCAGUUGCGAUUCCACCAAGUGGAACUCUUGGCUCAUAUCAGAAUACGGAGUUCUGCUUGUUUUGACUGUUGAUCAAAAGGGCUGCGGGAACUUUAGCAGUUUGCAGAGCGCAGUUGAUGCAGUUCCUGAAUCUAGCCUUAAGGCCACUCUUAUCAUACUUGAUUCUGGCACAUAUAGGGAGAAAGUGUCGGUGAACCAGGAAAAGACGAAUUUGAUAAUUCAAGGUCAGGGUUAUCUCAACACAGAGAUCACUUGGAAUGACACUGCAAAUUCAACUGGAGGCACUGUGUACAGCUCCACAGUCUCCAUUUUUGCUCCAAAUUUCAUUGCUUACAAUAUCAGCUUCAAGAACACAGCUCCUCCUCCAAGCCAAGGUGCAGUUGGAGCACAGGCAGUGGCACUGAGGAUUGCAGGUGAUCAAGCAGCCUUUUAUGGGUGUGGUUUUUAUGGAGCUCAAGAUACUCUUCAUGAUGAUCGAGGAAGACAUUUUUUCAAGGAAUGUUUCAUUCAAGGAUCCAUAGAUUUCAUAUUUGGAAACGCUAGAUCACUCUAUCAGGAUUCUACGCUGAACUCGAUAGCGAGUGAUGUCCCUACUGGUGGCGGGAUCAGUGGAGCAAUAACAGCACAGGGACGGAGCUCGGUGAACGAGAAAUCGGGAUUUUCGUUUCUGUAUUGUAGUAUUGGAGGAAGUGGUAGGGUGUGGCUUGGAAGGGCUUGGGGUGCAUAUGCAACUGUGGUCUUCAUAAAAACUUAUAUGUCUGAAGUUGUUUCUGCUGAUGGCUGGAAUGACUGGAGAGACCCUUCUAGAGAUCAGACGGUUUUCUUUGGAGAAUACGGAUGCUCGGGUCCGGGGGCAAACAACACGUUUAGGGUUUCAUACGCGAAACAACUAAAUUUAGACGAAGCUACUCCUUACAUGGAUAUCUCUUUCAUUGAUGGACAGGAAUGGCUUUCUCGCAACAUCAACGACAUUUAGAAACACAAAUUCGGAUUUAUGGCGUUACUCGCCUUACCUUAUAGGACAGCUGGUUGUGCCAAGUCAAAGUUGAUCAACAUAACGUACGACUUGACGAUCAAAACGGGUCGUGGUCGGUUUUAGAAGACGAUCAACUUUCAGUAAUAAGCGAUCGAGUAGUAUAUAGAUGAGAAGAAUCGAUAGGAACAUCGAUAAUAAGUAGUUUUCUUGCCAUGGCAGUGUUCAAUGUUCAUAUCCAUGACUGUUUUUCGUUUGAC